ACCUAAACUGCCCCAAAGACUCCAUAACAAUUGAUUUUGCCUAAGCUGAUUGAACCUUGUCAGCCCUUAACUCGAAAUUACCUACUACAUACGAGACUAGCUGCCUAAACGACGCGACGACUAAGAGGUAACGCUCUCUCAACCGCUAAAAAUAAUUCUUACAGGCUCCAUACCAAGUGUUUUUUGUUUUGUCUUAUCGCGUGUGUUUUUAUAUUCGCCAAGGGGGGGGGUUAUGGUGUACACCGUACAUCGAUGUAUCAGCUAAAUUCUCAUCUAUAGUUGUCCACUGACGACAAUAGCAACGAGACGAGAUGACUGCGGAUACUGAUACUAGGUGGAACGCGCGAAGAAGACACGCCAUCCAAUCUGUCUUUCAGACUGAUGUGUCUCAGCCUACACCGUAUUCUACUUCGUCGCUGCGGUUCCCUGGCCAAAGUCAGAGUCAGACUUUUGGGGGCCCUUUGACCCAGACGCCCCAGAAAGCCACCGAUUCCCAGUUUUUGCUGACUUCGCCCGAAGAGAAAUCCCACGCACAACAGCAGACCCGCUUUGACCGGUCCUGGCACGUGGUUACAUCCCGCAUUGCGCUCCCACCCUCCGUUACCGCCGAGGAUUCGUUCGGGGCCCUGCCGAAUUCGCAGGAUGCCGACGACGGCGCGUUCCGGGACGCACUCCGCGACGUCUUAAGUCCGACUGUGCGUCUCCCACUUGCCACUCGUACCGAGAAUAUCCUUGCUUGGCAUACGCAGCAGGUUCGACACCAUUUUGUGAGCCAUGUUCUGCCACUACUAUCUGUCUGUGAUGGCUACUCGGACCAGACACAGGUCCUGCUAGGUAGUAUACGGACUCUGGAAGCUGCGAAUAGGCAGUAUCUAUUCGGGCUGUCAUUAAUUCUUCGGGCUAUGGAAGAAGAGCCUGCAGACCUUGCUCUCAUGAAAUUCCAACGUGAUCUACAUGCGAUAGUUGGAAAUUCUAUGUCUAAUGCUAUGAUAAAUGCUCUAAGAUCGACCCUUGGCCAGCUGAUGAAGACGCUACUUGGUGUAGGAGUAGUAUCUCAUGCACCGGGUCGGGGUAAGCAGGUGACUAUAGGCCCCGACAAGGUAGAUAAGGCAAGAAAGGAGUUGCACCAGCUAGUAGAAUCACUAUGCAAUGUCGGCUUUGCCGGCGAAAAGUUUCAGAUCCUCUUUGCGGAACUCCUCGACGGGAUGAUGAUCGCCUAUAUUCGAGAGACCUUUGCGGGAGUAUGGGGUCCCAAUGACGACUUAAAGACGGGAGCACGUCUUCCAGCCCGUAUUAGAAUGCAGCCGCAGUGUAUUAAAGAGCUCCUGGACUGGGUUGAGAAUCAAUAUGCGAGAUUAGCUGUGGAAGUUACCAGCCGACUCGGUAGCGGCAUACAAAUCAACUGGUCGGAUGUAGAGAAAUGGAAAGAGAUUGCUGUCGGGCGGCUUGCGGCGCUUCGAAUCGACGAGCUCUUCGACAUUGUUAUUAGCUGGCCAAAUAGCGAAGGCGGGAUCGAUGAUCUUCGCUACGCAAUUACAACGCCUCAACGACGAUUGCAGCUCACAGAUGCAUUCUCAUCCACCCUACAGAGACGUUUACUACACGCCGGGCGCUCAACGUUAGAUAUUCUCCGGACGUAUAUUGCCAUGAUCCGGACAUUUCACAAAUUAGAUCACUCGAGAGUACUCUUGGACCGAGUAGCUUAUUCUCUGCAGCUGUAUCUAUGCACUCGAGAAGAUGCGGUCCGCAUCAUCGUUACAGGUCUGCUAGCUAAUAAAGAAGAAGUCAAUUCUGAGGCUCGCAAUACGAAACUUGUCGAACUGGUAGAGCUACUACUAGAAGAUUCUGACCGGUAUCGCACUGAACGCCAAACUGAAGAAUGGGAUGACCUGGACUGGUCCCCUGCUCCUGUAGAUGCGGGCUCCAAUUACAGGAGACAGAAAUCCGAGGAUGUUAUCGGUACACUUAUUGGCGCCCUUGGCUCACCGGAAGUGUUUAUCAAAGAAUUCCAAAGCAUAAUAGGCGAGAGGCUGCUAUCUAAGCAGACAGGGUUCAAGCAAGAGGUAGGCGUGCUUGACUUACUAAAAAAGCGCUUCGGAGAGUCCUCGUUACAAGCCUGCGAUGUGAUGAUCAAGGAUAUUCAAGACUCAGCACGACUUGAUGGUGUCAUCCACCGCGGAGCGGUCAACCACCCAGAUAAUGCGAAUCGAGAUUGGACGAUCCAUGCACGGAUCUUAUCGCGGCUUUACUGGCCUGAAGUCGGGGAAGAGCGCUUCGUGUUACCUUCUAGCGUCACGGAAAUGCAGAAAAUGUACGAAACUAUUUUCGAACAUGUAAAACCAUCGCGUAAGAUUAAGUGGCUUAAUCAUCUCGGCCAGGCGACAGUGGAACUAGAGCUCGAAGACCGGACAAUUUCGGAAAAAGUUCAUACGUACGAAGCAGCCGUCAUCAACGCCUUCAGCGAGGAAAACUCUUCUAGCUGGACUUUUGACGAUCUAUGGAUGAAGCUUGAGAUGGACGAAGACCUUCUCACGGCAGCACUUAAUUUUUGGGAGAAGAAGCAAGUGCUUCGUAGGCUCCCAGACAAUACAUACGUCGUUAUCGAACGCCUUUCAGAUGCUGAGCAGCCUUCGUCACUCCAGGCGGCACAUGUGCCAAACCCUGGUGCUGUUGAUGUAGGACCAGCGACGCCCCGUAAGGCCAAGGCCGGAAUGAGCGAGAAGGAGAAGGAAAAGCGACAAGUUUACUGGCAGUUCAUCACGGGUAUGCUGACGAACUCCAGCCCCGCCAUGCCUCUCGGACAGAUCUCCAUGAUGAUGAAAAUGCUGAUCGCGGACGGGUUUCCGUGGAGCAACGAGGAGCUGCAAGAAUUCCUCGGGGAGAAGAUAGCUGACGGCGAGCUCGAAAUUGUGGGGGGUAAAUAUAAACUCAUCAAAAAGUGAUAUCGCAAUCCUCGGUAUAUCAGUCCUGGCUUUUGCUUCAGAUGGCUCGGCGGCUUUCCGUUGUACCUACGCUAAAUCACAGCCAUGGUUUUGGCUUGGACGGCUCGCUGUCGUCAGCAUGUUUUGAAAUAUCCGUUAGCGGCGAUCUUCACGAUUGCAAUUGCAAGGGCGAUUAGUUAGUACAUUGCCUGGCUCGCCUUACCACAGUGCAAUCUGUCACGGGGUACCAGAUAGAUGAUCGGAUAGGCGUGCCUCGAAUAAAUAUUGACGCCAUCCCGCUACCCGCGUCGCCCGUCAGCUCGGUUAGUAUGGUCAGCAAUGUACAUAGGUAUCUCAGCAAUGUAUCUAGAUACCUACCUACCUACCUACCUACCUACCUACCUACCCACCUAC